AUGAGGCUUCUUCACGCAUUCCUUCUCGGAGCGACGACCACCGUCGUCAGCUCUGCUGCUUUGCCCGAGGAUGGAGGUCUUCUUCGGGAACCAUUGGAAGGCUACACGAUCGUCCCUAUGCAGUGGUCCGGCACUGUCGACGGUGAAGACAUGAACCUCGAGGGCACCAUCGAAGAAGUCUUCGCCCAGAUCCAGGCCGUCAAACCCGACUUCGACUGGACCAACACCACAGAGCUGACCGAGCCCGAAGCCGACCUUUCGACCCUCGACGCCCGUUCUCCCAGCAACAUCAUCUGCGACGUCGGCGGCAGGGGCCCGAUGGUCCAGGAGGCCUCGAUGCAACGAGAGACGGACUACCUCCGCCGCAUCGCCAACUCCCAGUGCGGCGUGGCCGCCGGCCCCCGCGUCUGCGCCCGCGUCAGCUGCUCCAGCGGCGACGGCAUCUGGCUCUGCAACGACACCACAUCCCACCUGAGCCGCCGGUGCGGCAUCAUCCCCGACUACGUGUGGAGGAUCUUCGGCCGGUGCAAGAGCUGGGUUUCCUCGGGCGUCUGCCCCAUCCGCGGAUGCCAGUACCCCGAGCCUGGUUGGUACUACGCCAGGGGCCAGCAGUUCGAUACCGAGAACUUCAAUGUCAUCAUCGGAAAGGACAAUUGCUAG